AUGGGACCAGUUUGCUGCUCUGGACUUCAACAGCCUCUGGAUUUUACGGAGUUUUUUGCACUACUGAAGCCAGUGGACAUUUCUUUGAGUGACGCUGAGAUCAAGGUCCUCUACAAACAGAUUGGCACAAAUCCUGACGGGACCAUGGACAGUGAUCAGGUGCUAGACUUUCUUGUGAAUAGAAAACUAGCAUAUCAAAGACUGUAUUUUGGAGAGCUCUUUCCUAAACCUUUCGAAAUUGUACCAGUGGAUCACUGUAGAGAAAUAGUUUGUCUGUUAUUCCAUCCCUUCGAGGAUGAGAACAAUCCCAAACCUGAUAAACAAGUUGCCACAGAACCGAUCAGGGCUUUCACGAGAGGUCAAUACCUCUCAAUCAGCUCGGAUGCUGUCCUCAACAUGUGGACUGACAGGUUUGACUGCACACAAACCAUUCCUUUACACAAAAUUAAAAAGACAACACUUCCUUUCUCGAACCACAGGAAGAUGAACGUUCAGGACAUGGUUUACAUCAAAGAACUCAAGCAGUUGGCCAUCUCCUCUGAGAGGGAAGUGUUAUUCUACAUCUGUGACUGUAACAAAGAAAUCGAGACAGGGGUUUUGGAUAUCAGUCACUCUGUAAUGGUGGACAAAGUAGUGUCUGCCAUGAGUUACUGGUCCAAUGAAUCCAAAUCAGUGUUUUCCUUUGGUGAUACAGACGGCUUUCUCUACAUGUUUAUCUCCUACGCUAUUCGGACAAACGGCCUUUUCUGCCAAGAUUUUUUCAAGAUACCCUCCAUGCUCGAGUAUCCAAGUGUUCAUGUGUCCGACCUGUUAGACAAACCCUCUAGUCAUGUGUGUGUUAAAGUGCACAACUUCAAUGAUGCAUGCACUAAUAUCCAAUACUAUCCAUUGCUGGACACGUUCGUCACCUUAAGUGGUUCAUCCAGUACGAUGGUCCUCACAUCCAUCAACACCUCACAUGGUAUCACAGUCUCACAGAACUUCUUUGAGAGCAGAGGAGAUCACAAGUAUUUCUUGUGCGUUGAACACGCCUCUUCAUGUGGGUAUCUAGUGACCGGUGGUUCAGACGGGUUACUGCGGCUGUGGUUACCCCACAGAAAACUGUCCUGUGUGCGUUCACUGACGGAACAUGUCAAACCCGUCAUUUACGUUAGGUUUAAUUCUAAAGACAGAAUAGUCCUCAGUUUAUCCAAGGACAUGAAUGUUUGUGUGUGGACAGAGAGCUGGCAGUGUAUUCAAAGCUUCCAUGUUCAUGGGAUGGAACAAGCCUCUGUGGCCAGUGUGUGUUACAACACACACAACAAUGAGCUCGUCCUGACGAACUCCGACAUAAGAAAAUGUCUUGGAAGAGGAACAGAUGUUUAUAAAAGCACAUUGACGUCCCACGACCUGCCGCUGUGCUCCGCUCUCUACCACAGCACUUACAAACAGGUGGUUUCUGUUUGUCAGAGUGGCGUGGUGACAGUGUGGGACUUUCUAACAGGACAGGCUGUGAUGCAGUUUGAUGUGACUCCGAGCAAACAUGAGGCAAUCACUGCCAUGUCAUUUGACGAAACACAGGAGGGACUGGUCACGAUUUCAUGGGACGGGAAAGUGAGACUGUGGAACUUCAACAGUGGAUCGGAGCUCAGCGUUCACUCCGUGACUCUGACAAAACAAGUGACAGGAAUUGUUUGCACAAAAAAUAGGAUGUUUGUGUCAACAAAAUACUCCAAGAUCAUUUUUGACCUGGAUUUGGUGGGAGAUGACAACAAACUUUUGGAGCAUCAGUAUUUAAGUGAUAUUUCCUCCAUGGAUAACCAUGAAAACACACUGGUCACUGCCUCUAACAAUAGAAAUGUUGUGGUCUGGGAUGCCUGCAGUGGCGAGACUCUCUACUGGCUUAAUACCAGUACGAGCCCUAAAACCCACGUGGCUUUUAGAAAAUCUCAAGGCCAGAUCAGGAGACUCAUUACCACGAAGCAAGAACAAGGUCUCACAGCCCCUGGGAUCAGUCUGACGGGGGAAAAAUCAGAAGUGGAAGUCAAUCAUCUUGUUACAUGUCUGAGGGCUCGAGAGAAUACUUGUACCACAGCCACGUUGCUGACCUCUGCAGAUGGAUACAUCUAUGCCUGGUCUGCCAAAAGCAAGGGAGGUCUGUUGGGAAAGUUCGAUGCUGUAAAUGGUGAAGAUGCUGCCAUUAUCAUCAUGUCCCCUGAUGUCAAAGGACGGACACUUUUGACAGGUGACACUAUCGGGAGGAUUUGUCUGUGGGACAUUCAGGAUUUUGGGUUUAAUAAACACACAGACGAGGGGCCAUUCGAGGAUAUAGAGGGCUGGCCUGUGUCACUCUGUGCACCUCCACUGCUGGUCUGCUGGCAGGCUCAUCAUAACGGGAUAGUGAGUGCUGUGAGCGAUCCCACUGGUGAACACAUAAUAACUGCAGGUCUGGACCGCAAUGUUAAGUUAUGGACAAAUACAGGCUGCUGCAGAGGCGUCUUUGGGAGCAACCAAUGGGAUGCCUCCCAGCCCUGCAACACCUUCCCUAAGAAGAAUGCUGACCAGGAUGACGAGUAA